CCUAAGCAGCCUGGCCGGACCAAUUAGGAGGUUCCGGCCCCCCACCUGCAGUAUGGAGUCGUCUCGGGGGCGGCCCGGGCCCGAGACGGACCUCCUGGCUUUGCCGGUCCAGCAGGCCGCGGUCUUCCGCGGCGGGCCGGGCCGAACGCCCUCCGAGCCGCCCUCAGGCCUUCGGGUGCCCGGGGAGGUAGAGGCCGAGAGCAGAGCGGGCUCGAGUCGCCACCCCAGGGCGUCCCCUAAGACUUCGAGCUGCGGCGGUGUGGUCCACCGGCCGGAACGCGAGGCUCGGGAGGACGAGCCCGGCCCCCGAGGGUCGCCGGCUGGGCCCGAGUGCGACCCGCCCCUGCCCUCCCGGCACAGGGACCCGGAGCGUCCCCAGGACGAGCCCGCAUCCGACAAGGUCUGCCGUCGGGGGAGCCCGGGAGACGGCGGGAUGGAUGUGGAGCAGCCGCCGCCGGAGGAAGACCGCGACGAGGAGGCGGAGGCGGCGGCGGGCAGGGCGGGCCGCUCGUUCUCCAGCCGCCUGCAGGACAGCCGCAGCCUGGACGGGCUGAGCGGAGCGUGCGGCGGCGGCGCGGAGUGCGGCGCGGGAGGCGGACGCCGCGCCACCAUCUCCAGUCCCCUGGAGCUCGAGGGCACCGUGAGCCGCCACGGCGACCUCACCCACUUCGUCGCCAACAACCUGCAGCUCAAGAUCCGUCUGAGCGGCGCCCCUCCGCCCCCGCCCCCUGCCCCUGCGCGGCCCUGCCCAGCGCCCGCACCCACUCCCGCCAUCCCGCCCAUCGACCCCGACGUGCUGCGGGAUCUGGAGCGGCUGAGUCGGGAGCUGGGCGGCCGGGUGGACCGUCUGCUCCGCGGGCUGGGCGGGGCGGUGCAGGAGCUGACGGCUCUGAGCGUCGGCUGCAUCCAGACCUACCGCGAUGCCGUGGACUCGUUGGGCGAAGCCGUGGACAUGAGCAUCAAGGGCAUGUACACCCUGCUGGCGCGCUGCGAGGAGCUGGAGAGGGCGCUGCAGCCCGUGCAGGGGCUGGCGCGCCAAGUGCGGGAUAUCCGACGCACUCUGGAGGUGCUCGAGGCCCUGUGCAAGUGACCACAAGGCCUGGACCCUAAGGACUUUCCAAGGAGCUCCGGCGGGAACUGCCUGCGGAGGGGAGGCCCGGGAGCUGGCGGCCCCUCCAGAUGCGCGCGCGCGCGCUGAGCCUCGGGCAGGUGUUCGUGGGGAAGCUCUCACGGUUCUUCUCUGCUUCUGUAGCUACCCUGUCCGUCCCUACCCCCCCGUCCUCAGCCAGGGCGACAUCCCUGGGAACCCAGGGCAUUAGGUCUCUGAAGGGGGAGGGAACAUGACUCCCACUUGUGAUCAGGAGAAGGGAGGGGAGGCGGCCCCAGCCCCCGCUGCGGCCACCCUGACUCCGGUGGCAGCAUCUCAGGUGCGGGGGGCUGUGGGAGCUCCAGUGGUACCUUGGAUGCACACCUGCCCCCUGGCCCCCCUACCCUACCACUUCCCCAGCCGGAACCCCGGGUGGGACUCGGAGGGAUGCUUUGCACGGCGGCGGAGGGGCUGAGGUGGGAGGCGUCCCACUGCUCUCAGGGUUCAGGUAGAAUUGUUGCUGGUUUUGAGGCCCACCUGUUGUGUGCAGUGUUUGGAUCAGUUUGGGCUUUCUGAGUUUUUGUGGAAUUAAAAGUGCUGCU